AUGUGCGAGGCUACCCCCACGACGACGCGCCGCAGCGGCUUGAGCCGGUUGAUGGCUCACCGAAGCCAGCACCGCCGUGAUCGUCAGACCCGCAAAGUUCAACAGCUUGUGGACCGAGCGGACCACAGCCUGGCCAAGUCGCCCGCCCCGCUGCCGGCCACGUCUUCACGCACCUCAUCCUUUAUCAGUGACGAGGCAGAGUUGCCUGCCCGGCGUGGUGCCAAGCGUCGCCGCAGCUCUUGGUUCAGUCUGAUGCGCCUACCCUUUGCAGGCUGUGCCACCUGCCGAACCGCCGAGCCCACCAACCCCAUUGAAGACCUCAUGUCUGAUUGGUGGCAAGAACAGCGCAUCACGGCCCUGCUGUCAACCACCAUGCCGCCGCAGGAGCCCUCGCCCAAGCACCUCGCUGACCGUCCAGCUCCCCCUGCCCUGAGCCGGAGCCGAGGCAGCUUUGACCUUCAGCUUGCCGCCCUCAACUUGACCAUCCCCAUGCACACCCCAGACAGCACCGACACAGAUAUGGUGGCGGAACCUGCGGUCCAACCCCACAGCGACGAAGCUCGCCUGGCAGCGGAACCACCAGCAGAAAUGGUACCGAAUGCGACAAACACCCCCGUGUCACCAGUGUCAUCAUCCUCGGUCCCACGCCGCCGUCGUUGUUCCUCGGAGACGCCGUCGCUCUGCAAGAUUGUCGAGGAACCAUGUGAAAUCAACACGGCCGCUUUACCAGCCGCAUCGUCAGCACCUCCCUACCUGCACAGCACCAGCCUGAACCAGCUCGCAACGGCACGCUUUUCUUUACACGAGAAGAUUCAGCGAUGGGUGUCAGACCCAGACUUGGGAACCGUCCGCAGCGGACCGGGUGCUUCGUCUGAGGUGCCGAUCAUGCCCACGCAUGACGACGACCAUCUGAGCCCCCGUGGCCCCACCUCCACAACGUCGAUGCAACAACCCCCAAUCAUGCCUACCGCUGCCUCGCCCGACACCACCGCCAGUGCUCCCCCCGCCUUGGCGACUGCACCAAAGGACAUGCCUGCACCGGCUGCCAGCAAGGCGCCAGGUGCCUCAGCUGACGAGGAGAAGCGUCAGCGAGAGUUGCUGGAACAGCGCGAGCGGGAGAUGCUGGAGCAGGCUCGCCAAGAGAAGGAAGCACGUGAAGCCGAAGAGAAGCGCCAACAGGAGAGCCAAGCCAAAAAGGACGAACUGACGGUGCGGAUUUUUACACCAGCAAUCGCCAUGUCCCUGGAUCAUUCUAUUUGCGUCUCGCAAACCACCUUUGCUAUCUCACAUCGGGAUGUGGAUGUCUUUGCCCGCUGAUGUCGUAGAACAACCUGGAGACGCUUCGCAAAGAGGCGGCCGGGAUCGAGUCCCAAAUUGCCUCGGCACCAAACCCCAUUCUCAAAAAACGUUUUCAAGCCUCGCUUACCAAAAAGCAGGAUGAGAUUGUUGCUGCCCAGGCCAAGCUCGAUGCGCUGUCCUCGUAAACGUGGAUGCUUGUGGCAAAGGUCUUUAUGCGAGCAAGCGUUGAAACGGAGCAAUCUUACCCUAAACAAGCACAUUUGGAUACAGAUAGAUAGAGAGCGCUACCCAUGCCUGUGAUGGGUAAUUUGAGACUGGGGCGAUCCAUGGCAUUGGUCGCAGGAAAAA